CAAUCGACUUCGACUGCAUUGCUUUUCUGUAAUCUCGAUGAGGGAAUUUUUAUUCUACCCCAAAGUUUUGUCUUUUCGGUCAGUAAGGUUCAUUUGAGCUUUUAAGAAUGGCAUUCGUCAGUAACCAUGAAUACAAUUUAAGAAAGCCGACUUGAUACAGCCAAAGUAGGUUUAGGACAUCGUUAACUGAGUCUGAAAUGGUUUCAUAAUUGCGACGUCAUAUUCAGGAAUAGAGGAAAAUCCCACUGUAUUUCGAAAUGUUGGAAAGAAGCAGCUUCGAUGAGCUUUUUCGAGAGGUAUCUAACAUUUGCUCCUUUCUUGGACUUCGGAAAAACUUCGUCCUCGACAAACUGGAGAAAAUAUCAUCUGAGGACCGCGACCAUCUAAGUCUUUGCGACUGGAUUGUGACUUUUGUACAAAAUAGCUUUGAAUCUGUCAGCUUAACCGAUAAACGUUCUCCCAGUGCGGAAUUGCUUGCCUCAUUUGGGUUUGAUCCUCGGAGUUCAGCCGCUGAAAUUAUCGUGGCGCGCGCACGGAAUACGCAACAUCAUGUCGAUUUGUGCGAAAUGGCAGAAAUUUUCAUCAGAGACCAGUUUAAGUAUAAAGUUUCUCCAUCGUCUGUGAAUUGUAUGUUCCCCUUGCGAAGCAAUAUAACAAAUACAUGGUUUCGGCUUUCUAUAUUUUCCUCUGAUGUUGAAAUCGUUGGAGGUUCAGAGUGCCACGUCGACCUAAUAAACCUUGUGACGACAGAAUCCCGCGCUUACAGUAUUUUGCGAACGGAACUCGGCAAUUUAUUGUCAAAAGACGAUCAAAAUGUUGUCCUAUUCCACGGCACAGAUCAUCAAAGCGCCUGCGACAUUUUAUUUCGUGGAAUAGAUUUGUGUCAAGGACGACAGAAGCGAGACUUCAGUUGUGGAUCAGGAUUUUAUUUGACUGACAGUUGCGAGGAAGCUCUGAACUGGGCAAAGAACACAACAACGAAACCAGCUUUGUUAGUUUUUCAAGUGAAUCGACAAGAGCACUCGACUGAUUCAGAAAAAUUGAAUUUGUUUAAAGAUGAACAGAGAUGGUGUGAAAUUGUGACUUCGUUUCGGUCUGGUGAAAAAACAGCGAGGACUCGAAAGAGUUUAGCCGCUUAUGACUUGAUCGAAGGUCCCGUGAGUACAAUGAAAACAAACGAAUCGACAGGGGAGUUAGUUUUCUCGCCAAAACCUUUAUCUUAUCAAAUGUGUUUAAUUUCUGAUUCCUGUGCGGACAUUUUUAGACGAACUCUUCACUCUAUUUUAUUUUUCGACAUUUGUUAAAAUUAAAAUAGUUUGAGAGGAGGGCAGAGCUUGAUUAACAAAAACAUGAUAGCUCCCUUCCUGUGUUAUGCUCUCACUAUAUUUAUAUAGUGAUGUUUGCAUUUUCCUGUUUUUACUUACUAAAGCCUUUUCGCGUCUCAUUUCUCAAUUUUGUUAUUUUGAGUGCAAUUUUCUAGAGGGCCUUUAGUUUAUUAGUUCACAUUGCUAUACGUGCACCCUCGUUAAAUAUUGUUAUCAUUAUAAUUACAGAAAAUUAUGUCUUU